CUGUGGGGAUUUUUCUCAAUGCUAAUUGUGUACAGCAGUAACGUUAACACAGCACAAAAAAAAUGCCGUUCAGUGCCGAUACAAUGAAACCUCCGCUUCAUGACCAAAUUAUGCAGAUGCAGCGUAAAAUCCAACUACUCGGUGGAUGCAAUUCUCGGCAGGCAGGCAGACAGACACGGCCCAUCUCGGUGUAACUAUUAAAUGUGUCCACCAGAGGGCGAGAGGGCUGCAUACUAUGAGAGCUCUCAGUCCGCCAUCAAGAGGAACAGAGAGUCCAUCCGCCAGCUGAGGCAGGAGAACAAGAAGCUGUACAGAAAACUGGCAGAAGCUAAUGCUGGUGAUGAGAAUAUCAUCAAAGUGGCCUUUCAUAACAGAGGCCUGGAGAAGGAUGCCUACCGCAACAUGACGGGGAAGGCAGCCCUGACAGUGCUAGACCAGAAGGUGCUGGCCAAGAUGAAGCGUCUCAAUGCCCUAAAACACACCAGCCAGACUCACCAGCGCCGCCUGGAAGACCUGAAGAUGGAAUACCAGAGAAUGAAACCAGAGGGCAGCAGUGGAUCACAGUCUGCUGAUGCUCGCACUCGGCAAAAAGAGGAAGAUGCCAUGAACCUGCGGGCGUUGGAGAACAGCCUGGAGAAGACCCAGUUUAAGUGCAAGGAGGCUGAGAACAUCAUGGCUAAUUACCUGAAACUCAAAAGUCAUCUGCAGGAGGAGAGUCUGACUUUCCAGGGUCAAUUGGACAGUCUGGAAGCCGAAAUCCUGAAGCACAGAGAUGAGCUACACAACAUGCAGAUCAUGAACAACAACGCCCAGCUCUCUAAAGAAGCUGCUAAGGCUGAGUUACAGCAGCAAGAGGAAUUGCUCUACAAGGAGCGCAAGGAGAGAGAGCGUAUAAUAGCAAGCUACAGGAAAAAGGUUGAGGAGCGCAGGGCCCACGCUGAAAAAGUCGAUAGAAGGGCUCAGAGAACAGCUAUGCAGCCAGAUGAGCUGAGCAGUGAGGCCCAGCGCAGCACCCCCAGGAUUGCAGGUGAAGAGGAGAAGGCCAUCUCCACUUUUGAGGAGGCCUUCCGACGCAUCAAAGAGGCCACUGGAGUCACAAAUAUACAGGAGAUAGUGGAUCGCUUCAUCUCACAAAAAGAGACACAUGAACAUCUGGAAAGUCUGAAGGCAGAGAAUGAGAAGGUUCUGCAGCAGCUGAAGGAGCAGAGGGAGCUCCUGAACCAGGAGUUCCAGGAUAUGAAAUAUUCUGGAGAGGCUAAAUUCUCCAGUGACCAACAGAUGCUGGAGGAAUGUGAGAAGCAACUGCAGGCUCAGCAACAGAGGUGUGACGCAGGUAAAGAGCACUUGGAUUGGCUUGUUAAAGCCCUCAAUACUGUCCGAGCCGGAGUGGAGCAUCUCGCAGACAAACUUCAGCACAUCACACUGAGUGAGGACACUGUGGCUGAGGUGUCUCCAGACUCAGAUGAGUUUGUGAUGGAGCUGAUGACCCAGUGUGAGCUGAAGUUGCAGUUGCUGCACGAGGAGUUUCAGGGGAAAGAUGUAGCUGCUGUUAUGAAAGAGAUGGAAGAGGAGGAGUUCUAUGUUAGGAUUGAGAAGAAACUGCCAGCUUACAACACCCGUGUCAAGCUGCCUGAAGACCCAAGACAAGACCUCUUCAAUGACGAGGAGGAGAGUGAAGAGGACGAGGCUGACAUCAUCUCACGGGAGGCGCUGAAGCGUCAGUCUCAGCUGAUCAUUGACUCCAAGUCCAAGAAGAAGUCUUGGAAAAAGAAGAAGGGCAAGUUCUGAUCCAGCACCACAGUCUCAAGACUCAAGGAAAUUAAAUGCUCUGACCCCAAAACUGAUUUGAGAGGAAAAUUAGCUUACUGUGAGUUGAAGACGAAGAAGCUAUAUGGACCAUCCAAGGUUUCUCUUUGCUAUUUUAACCAUUUAUUGUUUGGCCUCUACAAAUAUUAUUAUGUGUCCUCGCAGUCGCUAAAAAGAUUCUUAUAUUUUAGGUAAAUUGUUGACUGAAAAUACAAAUGAAAAUGUAUUUUUUAGAUGACAAAAGAUGAGCACAAUUUAACACUUUCAAGAUGAUAAUUUAUUUUAUAUGAAUGGAUAUCUUUGUGCCUUGGAAGCGGGUUACUUGUUGCGUAGCUGUGUUUGUUUUGACGUGUUCUCUGUCUGGUGUCACUGUUGCACCAACACUCGUUUCUCUGUUUCUUUUUCACAGUUCAGAAUUCCACCCUCUGCUUCAUGGAAAGCCAAUAAAAAAAUGAAAACAUUUA